GCAUUGAGGCCGGCCUCUGCCCCACCGAUACUAAACACCGGUCUGGCCUCACUUCGAGGGUAUCGAACCACCGACACUUUAGCGGUGCGUUAUGGUUAGCGCCAGAGCGCUAGCGCUAUACUUAGCGCAAGAGCACGAGGAGCAGCAGCGGCAACGAGCAGAGCAGCAGCAGCGGCGACUGAGCAAGAUCGGCGGCCAUAGCCGCCUGAGGUAUCGGAAGCCGGAGGUAUUCACAGAUGCCGUAGCUGCCUCCAAGGUUCAGCAGGAGGCAGCAGAGGCGGAACGUCAGCGGCUGGCCAGUGAGGCGGCAGCCCAAGCUCAGCGGACUGCUGAGGCUGACGUCGUGGUGCGAGACAAGCGGAACGCCAUUAGCAUGGAAUCCUCGACUGUGAAUGAGAGUCAGUGGACGACAUUGCUCCAAGGCAUGCUGUUUGUGCCUUCGGAUACACAGGCGGAUCCGACACCGGCGGAGGAAGAAAGGAGCAACCUGGCUAACCUGAUGUUGAAUAUGAUGCGAGCGGUCAUGUGGACCAAUACGAUGUUAAUGGUGCAAAUACACGAGGGCAGACAGCCGCGACAAAUUCAGCAGAAUGAUUCUGCAGCCUUAACAGCUGUUGUUCGCACUGCCGCCACACAUCAGCAACAACAGCAACAGUUGUUGAGCACCACCACCGCACGUGUCAACAACAUCGAGGCUAAGGCCUCAGCAGCGCCAGGCUGCACGACAGACGCGACGAAGCAGCUCAACGAGCGCAUCGAUCACGUUGUCACCAUCAUUGGCGAACUAGGUGAUUUCACUAGUCCGGCCACGAUCAGCCGCACGGUGUCCGCCAUCAAGACGGACAUCACCAAGUUGCAGAUAAGACCGGACGCCGCUACAAGGAACUACAAGAUGCCGCACUUCACCAUCAGCAAGUUCGACGACUACAACAAGACGGACGCCUUGACAUGGUGGCAAAGUUUCCUCACGGAAGCAUCAUGCCGCACUGUCCCGGCUGACGACAUGAUGAAGGCGCUCUACUUACAAGUAAUUGGAGGAGCACAAGAAUGGAUGAACCAUCUGGCGGCUACCAAGAAAUGCACCAUCGCUGAACUCCACACGCACAUCCCGUGGAAGGAGUUCGAGCAAUUGUGGUUCACUCGAUUCAUGGUCCGCAACGUCGUGAAGGCGGCCAUGAACGAGGUGUACACCUGCUCACAAGGAAGUAUGCAAACUCGAGACUGGACAACCAAGCGGCAAAAGAUAGUGACCGCGCCAGGCUUCGAUUUGAGUUUUACCAACCAACGAUCCGAGUUCUUCUCGCGAUCGUGCGCAGGACUGCGAACCGCACUAAGCAACGAGUACGAUUACGCCUCAUUCCAGGCCAUCCUGGAUCGUGCGAACUUGGUCAUCCAAACGGAUGACAAGGCCGCAAACGAACCGCAGUCCCAGCCGCAUUAUGUGGCUAAGCCGGGCUAUCAACGACCGACACAUAAUAAUGCCGUGAUUUCUGACGAAACAGUCGAUCUCCACGCUGCAGCAGCAUCCUCGAGUGAUGGAGGAAUUGUAGCAGCGCUCCCGCCGAAGCGUCCCAAGAGAGUUCGGAAGAACAAGGCGACACAAGAGACGRCAUCGACGGGAACUGGGMAGCAGCCAUGGACGGCAUACAAGAUCACCAAGGAAAUCUAUGACCUUCGUCAACGGUACGGAUAUUGCCUUUGGUGCAAUGGAGUCACUCAUUUGACCGCACAAUGCCCCGAAAAGGGCAAGGCACACGUACCCCUGUCGGCAAGUGAUCCGGUCAGCUCGCCACUGACUUCCGAGGACUCGACGGAGUGGUCAAGACUUGAGGAGCUUGACCCGCUCACGAGAGAGGACUUUGCUUGGAUGCCUCUACCCUCGACCAGAACCUUGCCAAGGCCACAUUGCAAUGCCUUGAUGGCAAAUCUACGCUCCUAUUUGCACACUACAGUACCAGCUCCGUUGACGGACGACGGGGUAGCGGUUGUCGAUCUCCGCUCCUAUCUUGCGAAGAUUGACCGCGAGUACACCACCCAAAGGUACGCCGAAACCGAAGCGUCGUUGCUCUAUAUCCGCAUUCAAAUCGGAAAGGCAACCUGUAGUGCCUUGAUUGAUUGCGGAGCGUCUCACAACUUUAUGAGCCAAGCCUUUAUGGCCCGCGCAGGUCUUGGCCCGCGCGUUCGAAGAAAGACGCAACCUACGCAAGUUACACUCGCGGACGGCCGCACGCAAAAGUCAAUUGACCGAUGCGUUGACGGCGUUCCGGUCUACUUUGCGCCACUUGCGUGCGAGCCGGUAUCUUUUGACAUCCUCGACACCAAGUUCGACAUGAUUCUAGGCAUGUCUUGGUUACGUAGCGCCGAUCAUCCAGUGAACUUUCACGACCGAACCGUUCACAUCCGUGAUUGGAACGGAGUGUUAGUCCCAUGUACGGUCGCGACCCCUCACACUUCGAUUGCUUGUCACGUGGUUUCCGUUGCGAGAAUUCGCGACGCCAUAGCUCGGAAUGAUGUCGAGGAGAUGGGCCUUGUAUUCUUGCAUGCUCUCCCCUCGCCGGACGGACCAGCCGCGYCACCGCCRGACCCACGCAUCACUCACCUCUUGGACGAGUAUGGAGACGUCUUCGAGGCUCCCACCGGAACGGUUCCGGAUCGGCCCAUACGUCACGGGAUCACUCUCGAGGCUGGUGCCAUCCCUCCGCGUGGAUGUAUCUACCGCAUGAGCGAAGAGGAACUCGAGGUGCUUCGCGCACAACUCGAUGACCUUCUCGACAAGGGUUGGAUUCGCCCUAAUCGGUACAAGACCGCGUUCAAGACGCGGUACGGGCAUUUUGAGUGGGUUGUCAUGCCAUUUGGCCUCACCAAUGCCCCCGCGACUUUCCAAGCAGCUAUGACGACUGAGUUCCGCGACUUGCUCGAUCGCAGCGUCCUCAUUUACCUCGAUGACAUCUUGGUUUAUAGCAGGACGUUGGACGAGCACAUCAUACACCUUCGCGCUGUUUUGGAUCGUUUGCGACUGGCCAAGUACAAUGCGAAUCGCGACAAGUGCGAGUUCGCCAAGCAAGAGCUUGAGUACUUGGGUCAUUUUGUCACGCCGAAAGGCAUUCGUCCCUUAGCGGACAAGAUCCAAACCAUCGUGGAUUGGCCGGACCCCCGUUGCACGACGGAUGUACGCUCUUUCAUGGGUUUGGCUGGAUAUUAUCAGCGAUUCGUCGAGUCAUACUCGAAAGUGACCACUCCUUUGUCGAGACUUCAGUCCCCGAAGGUGCCCUUCGAGUUCGACGAUGCAGCCCGUGACGCGUUCACUACGUUGAAGGCAGCGAUGCAAGCCGCACCUGCCCUCCGUAUAUACGACCUCACCCUUCCCACCCAAGUGACUAUGGACGCUUCGGGAUACGAUAUUGGUGCGGUGUUGGAACAGUGUCACGAGGACGGUUGGCAUCCGGUCGAGUAUUUCUCCCAAAAGGUGUCUCUCGUCAACACUCUCGACGACGCUAGGAAGAAAGAGCUACUCGCGUUCGUCACCGUUCUCAAACGGUGGCGCCACUUUCUUCUCGGCCAUCGGCGUUUUAAAUGGAAUACGGACAACAAUCCGUUGACCUUUUACAAAAUGAAGGAUACGGUCACUAGCACGAUUGGUCGAUGGAUGUAUUACAUUGACCAGUUCGACUUUGACCCGUGCCACAUUCCCGGUCCCGCCAAUCGAGCUGCGGACACCCUCUCACGACGGCCCGAUUUUUGUGCGAUUGUGACCACGACAUUUGACCUCGAUGACGAUCUGCAGCCGCAUUUCGUCAAAGGCUAUAAGUCCGAUCCGACUUACUCUACGCUUUACGCAGAGCUUUCAUCGAAUCACCCGCCGACUAGCCACUAUCGGAUUUCCGACGGGUUCCUCCUCCUUCACACGAGAGGAAAGGACUUGUUAGUUGUGCCCCAAGAUCGCAUCUUACGGACUCGUCUUCUCGGCGAAUUCCACGAUGCACGACUUUCGGCACACCUUGGCGUGAACCGCACACUAGCACGGCUCCGCCAGCGUUUUCGCUGGCCUGACGUCCUUCAUGACGUCACGAGGUACGUUGAGUCAUGUGCAGUUUGCCACCGUAACAAGGGUCGAUCUCGAAUCCCCUUCGGCGAACUGAAACCAUUGCCGAUUCCUCGGGCACCGUGCCUCUCCAUUGCUAUGGACGUGACAUGCCCGUUCCCCCGCGAUCGCCAUGGCCAUGACGGUAAUCUCACGGUUGUUGACCCCUUGAGCAAGUAUGCUCGUUUUCUUUCUUGCAAGUAUCAUGCUGCAGCGCCUGAGCUCGCACGACUCUUGCACACCGGUUGGAUUACCAACCAAGGUGUUCCGGAAGACAUAGUGAGCGACCGAGAUACACGCUUCAUGUCGGCCUUUUGGACUUCCCUCAUGGCUGAGUCCGGUACGACAAUGAAGCCGAGCUCGGCUAGGCACCCGCAGACGGAUGGUCAGACGGAGCGAGCGCACUAGACCGCUCAGAUGAUGUUGCGUACGCUCAUCUGUCCCGAGCAGAAAGAUUGGGUUUACCGACUUCCCGACAUCGAGUUCGCCUAUAACACUUC